AUGUCCAGUCCACUUUUGUUAGAAAAUGUUUGGCUACAGCAGCAGAAGUUCGAAGAUGCGGAGCUGUUGUUUAGGGAGACUCAGUCUGGUGUCAACAACUCAGGACAGAGAGUAACAAACACCUUGGCCCAGGAAAUAGCCCAGGUGAGAGAGGACAUACAGAAAGUUUUAAAUAAACAACCAGCUGUGGGAGGCGGAGUUGAUGGUGUUGCUUUGUGCAGGAGGGUAGACCAAUUAGAAAGUGAAAACAAAAAGCUCUUUGAAAUCACUCAGCAGCUGAAAGUUGAAAUUGAGAGAGCCAUAGCUGCCCUCAAACUGCCAGCUUCCUUAAUCAAACCUCGGGAAACCUCUGCGGCUGCAGCUAAACCUGAGCCAACACCAGAACCUCAAAAGGCAGCUGCAGCAGCUGAUGAUGAUGAUGAUAUAGACUUGUUUGGGAGUGAUGAUGAAGAGGCCAAGGCACUGAAGGAAAAAAGAGUCAAGGAGUAUGCAGAAAAAAAGGCAAAAAAGCCAGUCCUUAUUGCCAAGUCCAGUGUGGUGCUGGAUGUGAAGCCCUGGGAUGAUGAAACCGACAUGGUGGAGCUGGAGAAAAGAGUUCGUUCUGUUCAACAGGAUGGUCUUGUCUGGGGGGCAUCCAAACUGGUCCCAGUUGGAUACGGCAUCAACAAGCUCAGCAUCAUUUGUGUUGUGGAGGAUGACAAAGUCAGCAUUGAAGACCUUUCGGAGAGAAUCACCGGGGACAAUGAAGAUUUGGUUCAAAGUGUUGAUAUUUCUGCUUUCAACAAGAUCUAA